UGCAUUUGAACAACCACAAACAAUCAGCUAGUCUCCCAAGCAAGCACCAUUUAGUAGUAAUAAUGGUGCUGCUCCUUGAGUAUAUCUUGCUCGCCUUGGUCUCCCUUGCAUGCCACAUGACAAACGUGGCACAAACCUCACUUGCAGCUCAUGGAGCAUCCAUCCCCAAUGUCCCUGACCACCAUGCGCUCAUAUCAUUCAAGUCAUACAUAAGGAGUGACCCGAUGCGAGCCCUGGCAUCAUGGGGAAACCUAUCUGUUCCUAUGUGCAAGUGGCAUGGUGUGGUGUGUGGCUUGAGCGGGAACCGCCAUGGUCGUGUGGUGGCGCUGGACCUCGCUGAGCUCAAUCUUCUUGGAACCAUCGCCCCUGCACUGGGAAACCUCACGCACCUGAGGCGGCUCCACCUUCCAUGGAACCACUUUCAUGGCAUCCUGCCAUCACAGCUUGGUAAUCUUCAGGAGCUGACACACCUGAACCUCAGCCUUAACUCCAUCGGGGGGCAGAUUCCAUUGUCACUCUCAAACUGCAGCCGUCUUGUGAACAUCUCGCUCUAUGAUAACAAUUUGCAGGGCACAAUACCAAGCAACUUCAGGUCACUGCAUAAUCUCAAGGUACUCGAACUUGACCACAACAGGCUUAUGGGAACUUUCCCUCCUGAAAUAGGAAGCUUUGAGAGCCUGACACUUCUCAAUGUAGCGCAUAAUGACCUUAAUGGACAAAUUCCAGAAGAGAUAGGCAAAUUAGUUAACCUUGUCAUGCUAGGUCUAAGUUAUAACCAGUUCUCAGGAACAAUCCCUACUUCGAUCGGGAACCUCACAGCAUUGACCUUUCUCAGUACCUUCUCAAAUAAUCUGAUAGGUAGCAUCCCUCCAUUGCAAGGCCUCUCUUCUCUUAGUGUCCUUCAUCUAGGAGAAAACAACCUUGCAGGACGUAUUCCUCAUUCAAUGGGAAACAUUUCUUCAUUAACUGCAAUAGAUCUUUACCAAAAUGAGCUAGUUGGUCAAAUCCCGGAAUCUUUAGGAAACCUCAAUUUGCUUACAUAUCUUGGUCUUGACGUAAACAACCUUUCUGGCCCCAUACCCCAUGCACUAGGAAACUUGCGUAGCCUCAAAAGAUUGUACCUAGCUUUUAAUCAACUAGAAGGUGAAUUACCUCCGACAAUAUUUAAUCUCUCCUACCUUGAAUCUCUUGUUGUGGGUAACAACAUUCUGAAUGGGUCUUUACCUAGUGACAUGACCAGCAACUUUCCAAAACUAAAAAAUUUUAGUAUAGAGUUCAAUAAUUUCUACGGAAUGCUCCCAUCAUCUUUGUGCAACAACUCUAUUCUUGUAGAGCUCGAUGCAACCAACAAUUUUCUAUCAGGGAAAAUUCCUCAAUGUCUGGGAGUUCAACAAAAGAACCUGCUUGUGGUCAGCUUAGAUUCAAAUCAACUCAAAGCAACAAAAGAUGCUGAUUUGGGAUUUUUGUCUGGGCUGAUCAACAGCACUUAUUUGAUGAUUCUUGACAUCAGUAAUAACAAUCUUCAAGGUGCUCUACCACAUUCAGCCGGCAACCUCUCCAAACAUUUAAGUUAUUUCAGUGUACAUAAUAACAAAAUAACUGGAACAAUACCUGAGGGAAUAGGAGAUUUGGUUAAUUUAGAGUAUCUAUCAAUGGGUGAAAAUCUUCUUGAGGGCAGUAUUCCCACGUCCAUUAGCAAAAUCAAUAAGUUGGGUCGACUGUACCUACAAAAUAACAAACUUUCAGGAUUCAUCCCACCAUCUCUUGGCAAUCUUACAAAUUUAGAAGUAGUUGCACUACAAGGCAAUGCAUUUGGUGGUGUCAUACCUUCCACUCUCAGCAGCUGUCCUCUAGAACAGUUGGAUCUUUCAUACAACAUUCUUAAAGGUAGGAUACCUAAAGAACUUUUCCUAAUACCAACCUUGUCUGUCUCCAUGCGUAUCAGUCAUAACUUAUUAAGUGGGCCAUUGCCUUCUGAGUUGGGUAAUCUACAAAACGUAGCAGCACUUGAUUUUUCUGAUAACAGGAUUUCAGGAGAGAUUCCUUCAUCCAUUGGUGGGUGUCAAAUCUUAGAGUAUCUCAAUAUAUCUGGGAAUGGUCUUCAAGGAGAAAUUCCAUCAUCAUUAGAAAAACUGAAUGGCCUCUUGGUGCUUGACCUUUCCCACAAUAAUUUAUCCGGGGCUAUCCCUGAAUUUCUUGGGACUUUGAGAGCUCUUUCUUCUUUGAAUCUCUCAUUCAACAAAUUUGAAGGGCAAGUUCCGCAAGAUGGGAUAUUUCUCAAUGCAACUGCGAUCUCGAUCAUUGGGGAUGAUGGCCUUUGUGGUGGUAUCCCUGAAUUGAAGUUGCCAGCUUGCACCCAAAACAUCUUCAACAAGUCAUCUUCUAAGCUUAUCAAGAUAGUUUCCAUAAGCAGUGCCAUUGUACUCAUCACACUGGUUUCUGCACUGUUCACAUUCUACCAGAGGAAAAAGGUUACAGAAGCAAAACUGCAAGCCUCACUCCAGCAAUAUAUGAGGGUUUCUUAUGGAGAAUUAGUAAGGGUAACAAAUGGUUUUGCUUCUGAGAACAUUAUCGGAGCAGGAAGCUUUGGCUCAGUUUACAAGGGUAUAAUGAUAAGCACUGACCAACAAGAAGUUGUCGCUGUUAAGGUCCUCAAUCUCUCACAACGUGGUGCAUCUCAAAGUUUUAUUGCAGAAUGUGAGACUUUGAGAAGCAUUCGGCAUCGGAACCUAGUGAAGCUAUUGACAGUUUGUUCAAGCACAGAUCAUCAGGGUCAUGAAUUCAAGGCCAUCGUAUAUGAAUUCCUACCAAAUGGAAAUUUGGACCAAUGGUUACACCAGAAUUUCCGAGAAGACGAAGAACGCAAGGCACUAGAUCUUAGUUCGAGACUGCAGAUUGCAAUUGAUGUAGCAUCCUCACUUGAAUAUCUCCACCAACACAAGCCUUUUCCAAUCGUUCACUGUGAUCUUAAGCCAAGUAACGUUCUCCUAGAUACUGACAUGGUCGCUCAUGUCAGUGAUUUUGGCCUAGCAAGGUUUCUACAUCAAGACUUGCAGCAGUCAAAUAGUUGGGUAACAAUGAGAGGAACAAUUGGUUAUGCUGCUCCAGAGUAUGGACUGGGUAAUGAAGUAUCAAUCCAUGGUGAUGUUUAUAGCUAUGGCAUACUGUUAUUGGAGAUGUUCACAGGAAAAAGACCAACGGACAGCAAAUUUGGAGAAGACCUUGGCCUUCGGAAGUACGUCCAGAUGGCACUGCCAGAAAGUGUGGCUAACAUCGUAGACCAAAACUUACUGCAAGAUGCAUGGGACUGCAAUGCAAGAAGCACAACCUCUUGCAGCAAUAAGGACACGGAAAAUUCUUGCAUUGCCUCGACUCUGCGCAUUGGGAUUUCAUGUUCGGCGGAAAUGCCAGCAGACCGUCCAAGGAUUCGAGAUGCUCUCAAGGAGUUGGAGUCAAUCAGAGACAAGCUUCACAAGGACUUGCUCCUAGAAGGAGCGUCAAGGUCUUAAAUUCAUGGAGGCCAUUGAAACAUUACAAUCAGCAAGGCCCAUAAGGCACAAGGCAUUGCAAGGUGCGAAUUUCUGCAGCCCCCCGCCAUUCAGAGGGCUCCAUCUUGUUCCUCACAAAACUAUAGUUCUGUCGAGUAAAAGGGAAUGUUUAGUUGCAACUUGAAUCCAUUAUCUUUCCCCGCCUUUUUUUUUCAAAAACAGAUAAUCACCUCAUCACCCACAACUUGCUGGUGCUUCCAUCCACAGUAACAGCGCCACAGCCUUUUUUUUUAUGAUUUCUUUUUUUCCGUAACGAAUUCAUUUCCCAUACUGUUGCUGCUGCUACAAGUCUACGACUAAGGCAAAUCAACUAUUUCCCAUGUAACAAGCAGUAAUCACAGAGACGCCUACGAGACAAAGAGGUGAGGAGCUCACCUCCAACGCGGAGCCAAUGACGAUGGCGAAGCAGCAAGCGAGGUUGCCGCCCGCUCCAGCUACGGGGCCAGAUCUCGCGCUAGCGACGAGUCGACUGCGCUGGGAGUCCUAUACCCAGACCGGCGCGGGCGCUCGCUCCAUGGAGGAAUCCGAGGUCUAGCCAGCGGCCUGGGACGGGAAGGGGCGGUCGCCGGCGGCCGGAGAAGGAACGGGAAGCAGCGCAAGCAAAAGCGGGCUGGCCUUCUAAUACGGCUUAUUGGGCCUUACGUGAUGGGCCGUGUAAAUGAUUGGCAAAUCUCAGGAAUAAAGACCCGACAGAAAAACCGGAAAUCCUAUCCAUCUUCCGGAGAAUUGAGGGAUCAUAUGUUAGCCUACUGAACUGUUGGUUACUGUCAGUGACAAAAGCUUCUCUGUCAGAUAAGUUGAUAGUUGAUGGUUUGGACAGUUUGGCUGAUCAAUUGAGAGAUGAAGAUUGAAGACCAAGGUGAUGCUGUGGUGUUCAAGACCGAAGAGAAGGCACUCUGAGGGGCUGAGAAGACAGCCCCAGAGGUUGAGAAGACCAUAGGUAAAAAUAAUUCCAGUGAGGACAAAUAUGUACAUGGUGAUGAGUUUUGGAAGAAGACGCUGCUGGAGACACCCUCAGGCUUCGCCCUGUUUGAAGUUAACGAAGUUGCACUCAAAGAACCUGAUGUACUCGUCUGUUUCUCUUUCUUUCCUACACAAGCUUCUUCGCCGUUUUGCCUUUUUCUUUUGGACCUUGCAACUAGUGAUGAAUCUCCACAUGGUUUGUCAUUUCCCCUGGCAGGAUAUCUGGGUGUACUUUAGGGAUGUGACUACUGCAGAAAAGGUACAAUCUGGAUAGCUCUGUUUGCAGCAGAACACUGCCUUUAUUUUCACUUUCCAUUUUCAUUAGAUAGUUCCUUUUUUUU